CGAAAAUAAUACGUGUCGGCCAUUGAAGCUCCCUUCGUCUCCAUUCGUGAACGUAGUAGGACGCCCGUGUUACCGGCAGUGAAUAAUUUUGACCAACCAUCGCAAUGAGGGUGAAGAAUGAAUUGGAUGAAGACGAACAGGGAAAAUUAUUUGUUGGAGGCUUAAGCUGGGAGACCACACAAGAAAACUUGCAGAGGUACUUCAGUAGAUAUGGUGAGGUCAUCGAUUGUGUGGUGAUGAAGAACAGCGAGAGUGGCCGAUCUAGAGGUUUUGGCUUUGUCACUUUCGCAGACCCAGCAAAUGUUACCCUGGUCUUACAGAAUGGGCCUCAUCAACUUGAUGGAAGAACGAUUGAUCCUAAGCCCUGUAACCCGAGGACAUUGCAGAAACCUAAGCGUAGCAGCAGUUAUCCAAAAGUUUUCCUUGGAGGACUUCCUUCCAAUGUUACUGAAACGGAUCUGAGGACAUACUUUAUGCGCUUUGGGAAAGUCAUGGAAGUUGUGAUUAUGUAUGAUCAAGAGAAGAAAAAGUCAAGGGGCUUUGGCUUUUUGUCAUUCGAAGACGAGGAAUCAGUGGAGAGAUGCGUUUCAGAACAUUUCGUCAACCUUAGUGGCAAGCAGGUUGAGAUCAAGAAAGCAGAGCCCCGAGACUCCAGCAAGAUGAACGACAACUCUGGCGCCAAUCAGUGGGGACCACCCCAGAACGCCAGUCACAUGGCCAUGGGCGGGGGCAUGGGCAUGGGAACUCCUAGUGGACAGAUGGGCGGUCCUAUGGGAGGAAUGGGUCCGAUGGGACCGGGCAAUAUGAUGUCCGGUUACCAAGGAUGGGGAUCUACGCCACAGACCCAAGGAUAUCCUGGGCAAUGGGGGCCCUCAAACCAACCUCCAAUGAAUGGGUACGGUACUCCGUCAGGUCCUGGAGGUUAUCAGAACUGGGGGGCUCCACCAGGACCCCAGGGUCAGCAGAUGGCACCUCCACAGUGGGGUUCCAACUAUCCUCCCCAGCAAACAGGAUAUGGAUCUUAUGGACCCAACCAGACCGGGUACGGAAGUAACUGGAACUGGAAUGUUCCCCAGAACGGUCCGACGGCACAAGGUGGGCCCCCCGCGGCUGGGGCACCGGGUCCUCAGAGUAAUAGCUACGCAGGAGACAUGUACUCAGGAGGUGCAACUGGGGCAGCCCCCGCAGGCCCCACCCCUCCUGCAGCCCCUCAGAAGACAGCCAAUGACUACGCAGGCUAUGGUGGAUACACUGGCUAUCAACAAGACUCAUCAAGCUACGGUGGUGGCAGGAGCUAUGCUGGUCCUGAAAGUGCUCAGGGCUCAGGAGGUGGGUACUCGAAGCAGUACGAUUGUCUAAAGGAACCGUGGCCGUCCUCUUGAUUGGCGACUAAACGUUGCUGUUUUAUUGGUUAAUAAUCAGUGAGAUUAGGGAGUAAUUAGAGGACUAUUGCAAAAGUGUCUUUUUAAUCGCUUAGUUUUUAUUAAAACCAUCGACUGAUUGUAAAUACAGGUAAUAGGAAGUUUCUUAAGAUUAAAACAAAGUUAAAUUUAAGUGUCUAGUUAAACAUAAACGUUACUUGAACUUGUCCCUUCGAUGUGAUGUUAAAACGACUCCCCCCUUAACUUUAUCCCUUAACUCUAUUUUAUAAUAUAAUAAAAACAGUCAUUAAUUUUAAGAAGAGAAUUGUUUUUUUACGAAGCAAUAAGUAAUUUUACCUAGAAUUUAGUGGACUUUGUUAAUAUAUAUUUACUGCAGGAAUGUACAAAUCUCGACUUAGGAUACAGAUUAAAUUUAAAUUUUAACGGUAAAAUAAGAUUUACAUUAAUUAAAGAAUAUUUAAAUAUAAAAUAGGUUAAUUCAGGCGUAAGGUUUAACUUUAGGUUUAGAUCUAACUAUUAAUUAUUAAAAAGAUCAUCAAAGUACAAUUUAGAGAGAAUUUCCAAGUUUUUUGGAAGCAACCUUUGUAAUUAUUAUCCGUUCGCUUUUAAUAUAAUUAUUAUUAUAUAAUUGUUUGUUUUUAUUUUACUUUCUCAGAGUUUAUUUUGUAACUUUUUCUAUAAUAGUACUUGUGGUUUUAAAGAUCCACGUUUUGACGCUUUUUAAAAUAAGAAAAUUCCUAUUAGACGUUGUAUUAUGUAUUAAUUGUGACGCAAUAUAUAUGGCGAUGAGAACACA